AUUUAUAAUCACCGGUAAAAAUUAGCAUUCUUCUUUAGAAUUGGGUUAUGUUUUAACAUAACGUAAAGUUUUCGUAAUAUUUUGAUUUGGAAAAUACAUCAAAAUGACGAUAGGAAAAAAUAAUAAAAUGAUCCAGCACAUAAACUAUAGGGUCCGAAUAACAUUGCAGGACUCUAGGACGUUUAUUGGCACUUUUAAAGCAUUUGAUAAACAUAUGAAUAUGAUUCUUGGAGAUUGUGAAGAAUUUCGUAAAAUAAAACCAAAAAAUUCAAAAGUUGAAAGAGAAGAAAAGCGAGUGUUAGGGUUUGUUUUAUUAAGAGGAGAGAGCAUAGUGUCUUUAACUGUAGAAGGCCCUCCUCCACCAGAAGAAGGACUUCCUAGGGUACCUAUUCCCGGAGCAGCACCAGGUCCAGGUAUUGGAAGAGCUGGAGGUAGGGGAAUGCCUCCAGGUAUGACAGGUGUCCCUGUAGGUCUUCAAGGACCUGUAAGAGGAGUAGGUGGCCCAUCUCAACAGGUAAUGACGCCUGGAGGUAGGGGACAAGUCUCAGCACCACCACAAAUGAACCAAGGUCCACCUAGAAUGGGUGGGCCACCACCUGGCAUGAUGGGUCCACCUCCUGGUAUGAUGGGAAUGCCGCCUCAAAUGGGAAUGGGACGUGGUGGACCGCCUCCAAUGGGUAUGAGAGGACCUCCACCUGGUAUGAUGAGAGGGGGACCACCUGGACCUCCGAGACCCUAUUAAAUUUAGUUUUUUAGAAUAACUGUAAUACUGUUCAUCAAAUUGGGGUUGGUAAGGUUUUCAAUAUAAAUAUAUCUUGUUGAGUGAAUUUUGUUGUCUUCAAUAUUAUAAAAACUUACUUCUAUGUUCCUAGAACUCGAAAUAAUUUAUUAAGUUAAUGUCAAUUAUUAUAUUAUGAUUUUCGACAUUUAAUGAUGUGAGGAAACACUAAAAUAUUUUACAUAUUUUCCUAAAUAUAGAAUAACAAACCCUAAAUGUAAGAACAGUAAUAAUAACAAACAAUAUGAAUAUGUUAUAUAAUAAAUUAGUUUUUAAUGAACAACCCUUGAAGAGAUAGUUUUCUACCAAUAUCACUAAAUAAUUAUUUAAAACUUUGUAAUUCUCUUGGGGUUUAUAAAAGUUGUCGCAAAAUGUUCAGAUUAAAAGUGACUGUAGAAACAUUUUUAAUUCUUAUUUAAUAUUGG